UCGCCCGUCACCCUCGACGCAUUCAUGGAGCACAGUAGCAGGAGGAAGAAGCUACAAGCGCUCGCGCCGCUGGAGCUCUCGGCGGAUAACACAUCCAAGUUGAUGGGUAGCCGGGCGGCGGCGCUCAAGCGUCUCUCGGAGCGAGCAAACAAUACGUUGUGCUCCUCCACGAGCCUCUCAGCUCCGCCACCCUUCUCCGGCUCUCUGGUGGAUCCAUCCUCCCCUCGAAAGAUCUCCUUCUCGUUCUCGGAGCUCGGCCAGGCCAUCAUCGCGCGGCUCCGGAGCUACGGCGUCCGGAUCGACCCGGGGCUGUCGGACGAGGAGAUCGAACUGGCGCAGGCCGCCUUCCAGAUCACAUUCCCGCCGGAUCUGCGAGGAAUUCUCCAGCAGGGCUUGCCGAUCGGGCCCGGAUUCCCCGAUUGGCGAUCCCAGCUCGGCUCCCACAAGCUAAAACUGUGGAUCGCGGCGCCCAAGACAGGGCUGUGCUCCGCUGCGGAGCUCGGACUCUUUUGGUGGCGGGGUUGGGGAGCUCGGCCCCCCGAGCCGGAGGGAGCUGCCCGAGCUUCCCGGGCUGCCCUGCGACGGGCGCCCGUCAUGGUGCCCGUCUUCUCGCAGUGCUACGUCCCGUCGCAGCCCGUCAGGGCCGGCAACCCGGUCAUGUACGUGGACCGGUCCGAGGCGUUCUACUGCGCUCACGAGCUGUCCGAGUUCUUCGGUAAGGAGUGUUUUAAACGCUUUGUAAGCGGUGGUGGUGGCGGCGGUGGCGGCUGUGGAUCGAGCAUUGCGGCGUACUGCCCGGAGCCGAUGGCCGUCCAGCAGCAAGAGCCCAGGGUUUUGGGGGUGGAGAGCGCGCGGAAGAUGAUCGCGCGGUGCGUGAGCAACAUUGGCGAGGAUCUGGAGGGGCUGGAGGCGGCGCUGGCGGAGCGGCGCUCGAGCGUGUCGGCGAGGAGCGUCCUCGCGGGCCCCCGCGCGAGCUCCACCUCAAGGAGCUCGGAUGGGUCCUCCGAUGAUCAUGAGCCCGGGCCGAGCCACCACCAUCCAUCAUCGCUCCUUCUUCCCAGGGAGCGAUUGGGCCACAGUAGCAGCAACAGGGGAGGGGGGAUGCGGAGGAUCGAGUUUUGGAGCGAUCUCGUGGAGAAGGGGCCGAGCAUGAACGCCGCGGCGGGGCGAUCGGCCAGUCACGAUGAUGGAUUAGUGCAAGUGGGCGGUGAGACGGAUCUGGAUUGGGAGAACGCCAAAUCCAAUCCAUGGCAACUGGUCAAAGAAUCCGUGGGCGAGAUGGCGAUCAAGCUCCGGAGGGCAGGGUGGAAUGAACGGGACGUGGCAGAGAUCAUGGAUUCCUGCGAGCAACUGGAUCACAGGUGCGAUGAUCCCAGGCCUAACCCAGCGGAUCGGGAGAGCGUGAUCGAAGGCCUGGCCGCUCAUCUAGAUUUUCUCUCCUCGUGCCUCCGCGAUGCCGGGUGGAGCAUCCACGAUAUCUCCGAAACCCUCUACUCGGAUCUGACUGGCUUCUCAGAGCAUCCGGGCCGAAGGGCGAGAAUCUCUCCCGAAGUAGCUUCCAGGAUUGGCCUUCUCGCGGCAUUCGUUGCACAGGGUUAGCUUUGCUAGAUUUAGUAAAUUCGAAUGAUUUAAUUAGCACAAAAUACUUUUUAUUUAUAAAACCCUUAUUAAAGAAGCU